AUGAAGUCUCACGCAUUGGCAAGAGCCCUACUGUUGGGGCUUCUUCUUCAACCUGCUUUCGCUGCGAACAUAAGGAGCAUAUUCCUAUUCAAGGACGUGAUGAAGUCAAAUACCACAGCCCUAACGACGUCCGGUUUCAACACUCUCAUCAUCUUUGGCGUCGGUGUCCUCGACAACGGCGACAUUAAAUACUACUCGAACACGCCGGGAAGCAACGACGUCCUUGUAGCAUCCAACGGUACUUAUGUCGGCGGUGACGCACUUGCCAACAAGAUACGCUCGUUCAAGACAAGCAACGACACAGGCGUCGAUAGGCUCGAGAUCUCGAUGAACGCCCAGCACGUCAGCGCGCUGAUGGCCAACCCAGGGCCCGGCGCCGAGACACCGCUGUACCGCAACUUCCAGGCACUGAAGACGGCGUGGGGUCUCGAUGCCGUCAACAACGACGACGAGUCCAUUUACGACAUCGCGAGCACCGUCGCAUUCGCCAAGAUGCUCGGGAAAGUCGGGUAUAAAUAUACCAUUGCGCCGUAUACCAACACGGGCUUCUGGUCUACCGUCGAGGCGCAGCUCAAUAAUGGCCUCAAGGAGUCAGACGUGCUCCUGGACAGGGUGUACCUUCAGUGUUACGACGGCGGCGCACGCAAUGACCCCGGAAGCUGGCAGUCUACGCUCGGGAUGAAGGUCGUGCCGCUCGUGUGGGUCACCAACGACUCGAAGCCAUCUCAAGGAACAACGGCAGCGGAGGCGCGGACUAGAUUUGCCGGCUGGAAUCAGCGGUCUGCUCUUGGCGGGGGAGGCUAUUGGAACGACUACGAUAUUGAGAAGAUGGGAUUGUCGUACAAGCAGUAUGGCGACGUUUUGACCAGUAUCUUUCCAUAA